CAAAUUGGCGGGAGAAAGCAAGUCGUCUGUUAGAAGAUGUCUGCCGUGUGAUGGGAUAUUUCUUACAUACAUAAUAAACAUUGAACUAAUAUGGGUAUUUUAGGAUUAUCGAAGUUAAUAGCAGAUAUAGCUCCAGAAGCUAUAAAAGAGAGAGAAUUGAAACAUUAUUUUGGUCGCAAAAUAGCUAUUGAUGCGUCCAUGUGCUUAUAUCAGUUUCUCAUAGCUGUACGUAGCGAAGGAGCUCAGCUGACUACUGUAGAUGGUGAAACAACCAGUCAUUUAAUGGGCAUAUUUUAUCGUACCAUUCGCUUGGUAGAACAGGGAAUAAAGCCUGUAUAUGUGUUUGAUGGAAAACCUCCAAAUCUAAAAGGUGGAGAAUUAGCUAAGAGAGCUGAGAGAAGAGAUGAAGCACAGAAACUUUUGCAAGCUGCAGAGGAAGAUGGAGAUGCAGAAGCUAUAGACAAAUUUAAUAGAAGAUUAGUUAAAGUUACAAAAACACAUGCUGAAGAAGCUAAACAAUUACUUAAAUUAAUGGGGAUACCUUAUAUUGAUGCUCCUUGUGAGGCUGAAGCACAAUGUGCUGCUUUAGUAAAAGCUGGUAAAGUCUUUGCUACUGCUACAGAGGAUAUGGACGCACUCACUUUUGGCUGUAAUGUGUUGCUUCGCCGUUUGACUUUUAGUGAAGCUAGAAAAUUGCCUGUGCAAGAAAUUCAUUUUGAUAAAGUUCUUGGAGGUUUGGAGUUAAAUCACAAUGAGUUCAUUGAUCUCUGCAUUAUGUUGGGUUGCGAUUAUACCGGCAGUAUCAAAGGCGUCGGGCCGAAGAGGGCGAUAGAAUUAAUAAAGAAUCACAAAUCUCUUGAGAAAAUAAUCGAAAAUAUAGAUACUAAGAAGUUUCCUGUGCCAGAAGAUUGGAAUUACAAGGAGGCAAGAUUAUUAUUUCAAGAGCCAGAAGUAUCAAAUGCUGAUGACAUUGUGUUAAAGUGGUCCGAACCGGAUGAGGAGGAUUUGGUGAAAUUUCUUUGCGGUGACAAGCAGUUCAACGAGGAGCGAGUUAGAAAUGGCGCUAAAAAACUUCACAAAGCUCGGAACACGUCUACGCAAGGCAGACUUGAUUCAUUCUUUAAAAUCUUACCAAAUCCUACUCCAACGAAGCGAAAGACAGAAGAGAAAAAGACGUCAGCCAAAAAGGUUAAGGCAUCCACUAAUGUUAAAUUCCGUGGUAAAGCGAAAUGAAAACGUCAUAUAAUUCAAUGGGAAUUCACUGCAGUUACUGCACCAAUUUCGUAAAUUUCGUAAAUUAAAAUUCGUAAGAUGUAUCUCUCACAUUUAUUUUUAUAAAUUCUUACGCCGAAUUAUAUGAAUCGGAAAUGAUAAACGUCGUACUUAUAAUUUCUUCUAUUUAUUUUGUAAAAUAUAUAAUGUGUAAUAUUCAUAUACAAUGUAUACUUCCUUACA